GGCGGAUGUCGCGUUUGUAUUACCCUAGAAUGUUACCGGAGGAGGAGCAGGAGCAAAGAUGGCGGCGAAUCCGAACUCUGACAAAUGCAUCUUUGAGUGUCCGAGCUGGGCAGGGAAGCCUCCUCCAGGACUCCAUCUUGAUGUGGUUAAAGGAGAUAAGCUCAUAGAGAAACUUAUCAUUGAUGAGAAGAAAUAUUACUUGUUUGGGAGGAACCCAGAUAUGUGUGACUUCACAAUCGACCAUCAGUCAUGUUCCAGAGUCCAUUCAGCCCUAGUGUACCACAAGCAUUUGAAGAGAGUCUUUCUCAUAGAUCUCAACAGCACCCAUGGGACUUUCCUUGGCCAUAUUCGCUUAGAACCACACAAGCCACAACAGAUUCCCAUUGACUCCACUGUUUCGUUUGGUGCGUCAACUCGUAUGUACACACUUCGAGAGAAACCUCAAACACUUCCAUCGGCUUUGAAAGGAGAUGAUAAAGCUGGAGACGAUGAUGAGCUGAAAGGUCUUCUGGGCCUUCCAGAGGAGGAGACAGAAUUAGACAAUCUUACAGAGUUCAACACUGCUCACAACAAGAGAAUAUCUACACUAACCAUAGAAGAGGGCAACUUGGACAUCCAGAGAUCUAGAAGGAAGAAGAGGAAUUACAGAGUCGCCUUUAGUGAAGAUGAUGAAGUUAUUAAUCCAGAGGAUGUAGACCCUUCAGUUGGUCGGUUCAGGAAUAUGGUGCAGACAGCAGUAGUUCCAGUGAAGAAAAAGAAGACUGAAACGUCUGGAUCUCUUAGCUUAGAAGACUCUGUGGGACGUCGUGUGCAGAACUUCCCGUUUUCUGGAGGCUUGUAUGGAGGUCUCCCUCCCACUCAUGCUGAGUCAGGAGCACAGACAGCUGGUGGCCAUGGUACAGCUCUGAUGGGUGGCAUGCCUUUCCCUAACUUGGCUCCAGAAGUGGAUAUUGCACCAACCACACCCACAGCUGCCCCCAUGACUGCUGCCCCUACAUCAUCCAGCUUCACUGCAGAUACUGUUAAUGAGCCCAAGAAAAAGAAAUAUGCAAAGGAAGCAUGGCCUGGAAAAAAGCCUACACCCCUUAUUUAAAAGACAAAUAGAAACUGUUAUCUAAGGGGGCACACACACGUUGAGGAGUCAUUUUUCCACGUAUUCCAGAAACUGUGGCUUUCAUGAUGGUGGACUCACUGCUACAUUGUGGGCUCUGAAAUAAAAAAAAGAACUUGACCUACUAGAUGAAUUCUUUUUUUUUUUUAAAUGCAGAUAUUGCUUUAUAUAAAAGCUCAGUAUAUCCUGGUUUCCUAGUGCAUGCACUAGGGAAUGCAGGGAACUUUUUACACUGCUAAGGAGCACUUCACUCUGCAGCCACCUGGAUUCCAUAAAUAAGCCCCGCUAAUGAAGACCGGACAAAGUACACCCUUUCACCACAGAGAAACAUGUCUUCUCCUAUCAGGACAAUAGGAUAUACCCCCACAUGCAUAUGUACAGCUAUACGUUUUGUAUAUGUAAGUGGUUUUAAUGAUCUGUAAGAUUAGAUAUACUUUUAAUCUA